CGCCAGCACCACAACAUUCGAAAAACGGCGAGGCUGGAGGAGAACGCUUGUCCGGGCUCUAAUGCUGGAUUUAUGGCUUUACCACUCGGGGAAAUGCGGCAGUGAGCGAGAUUCUGUGGCAGAUUUUCUCUUCUAGUGGGACCUACAAGCGACUCAUCAUGGCUCCAGCCCAAAGACGAGGGCAGUCAACCCCCACACCAAAGGCAGUAAGGUCUCCUGUUCUUCAGAGGAAGGUUUUAUCCCAGCUGAGGUCCAGUGGAAGGUCACCGCAUUCUCUUGCCAAAAAGUUAGAGGCAAAUCUGGUUGCAGGAACCCCAUCAUCACCUAUUAUAGGUCGCAGGAAGCCUCUAGCUUCAAGAGUGGAACAGCAAGACAAAGAAAACAAAAAUGUCUUAAGAGAAAAAAAUGCUGUACAGAAUCCUUUAUCAUCCCCCUUGAGGGAGAAGAAUAAUAUUAUGCAUAGCAGUACUGUUGUAAAGAAACCAAAUGCUGAAUCACAAAGACAGGCUAUAAGGAAGCUAGAAGGUGGUGAAGUGAAUGUAGAUAAGGAGAAUGUUACUGAAGCUCCAGUAAGGAAGUCCACAAGGGGGAAGAAGAUCCAGGAAUCCCACUUAAAGACACUGGAGAAAAAAGACAGCAAGAGCAAGGAGCAAAAUAAGGCAGAAGGCAAAAAGAUAAUUACGAAAAGAAGAGGAAGAAAAGAAAUGGAAAAGGAUUCUUCACCUAAGUCAGCCACAGAUGGAACUGCAGAUCAGAUCUCAGAGCCAGAUGACAAAAAUGUAAAUUCUGAGCCUUCAUCUCGACGUUCCACCAGGAUGAGAGCAACGCAAGGAAAAUCAUCAGAAAAGGAAACUGCUUCCAAAGUUAAUAAAGAAAAUAAAGGUAAAACUAGAGACCCUAAGCCUACUGGAAAAACGACAAACUCUGUGGUUGAGGAAACUGUUCAUGAAAAUAAAAAAGAGAUUGUUGUUCAAACUCUAGUGAAAAGGUCUAGUGCUAGAAAGGCAAAGGCAGUUGAAAACAAAGCCUCCCCCAGUACCUCGGAAGAAAGUGUCAACAAACCCCGAAGUAAAACAGUAACUAAAGGUACAGCUACAGCAGUUAAAAAGGACAAAAUCAGACAGAAUAUUGAGGAAAGCAGAACACAAGAAGACAAGGAAUCUCCAGUGAGUAAAAGAGUAAAGGGAAGAAAGCCUCAACCAGGGAAAAAUGUUUCUUCCCCUCCAGUAAAUGGUAAAAAAAACCCUUCAGAAACACCCUCCCAGUCCAAGAAAAUGAAGGAACCUUUGGGAACUUCAAGCAGCAUUCCUGCUGUAAAAGCAGCAGAAUCUCCAAAUGAAACAUUAAUAUCGAACAAACCUAAAUUGCCAAUCUGGAAUACAGUGAGGAAAAAAAUUAAGACACCAGCAGAGAGGAAAAGAAGAUCUUUAAGGAUUGGAGGAGAUGUCUUCGAGUUUACUUUCAAUGCCGAUGAAGAAGGAGCAACAAAGAAAUCCAGAAGAAAGAAGGCAAGGCGCACAAAGCGAGAAAAACCCAAACCCAGAACAAAGCCAACACUUCUGACCACUGACCCAAGUUGGCAGACGAGCAUUCUAGCACCCAAGUCUCGUCGACCUGCAGGUGAGAAGUCAGCGAGGGUAAGUGGGAAGGAGUCCGUGAGAGACGAUGGAAAUGAAAAUACUGGGAUUAGAGAGAAUGAAAAGGCAAGAGGCAAUGAAUCAGAAAGAACAAAUGUUGCAGUAGAAUAUGAUUAUGAUGAUUAUUUUGAUACACAUGAUACUGAAGAUGUAUUUGAGGGAUUUGAAGGAGAAACUGCAAGUUCAUUUGUACCUGGUCCAGAGGGCUCUCUCGCAACUAUGCCAAUGGUAUCAGCUAGUACAUUACCUACUCCAGCCAUAUCAAAACACAUGUCCAAAUAUAUUGGAGGCUCUUCAACUCCAAGAGUAGAGAACAUGGUGUCUUUGACUAUUAACGAACCACAGCCACCCAAGGAGGUCAAAGAAGAUAUUGCUGUGUGUUUUGGUUUUGAUGAUGAAAGUGAGGUUGAGGAAAGUGGAUUAAAUCUCUCUCCGGUUCAGAGAACAGGCCAAAAUUCACAACUGCAAAUCACAAAUAUGACAGACAGCUUUACGUCAUAUUGCCAGCCACCCAAUCAGUCUUCUGUCAUGCCCUCCCGUUUUUCCUGGAGUCGCCUUCGUCCUGGUGUGAAAAGUUAUUCAUCCAUAAAUUGUUCAGCUAGCAUGAUAGCUCAUGGCCGCAGCACAUCCACAAUGUCUGUUUCACAAAUGUCCAGUGUAAGUCAGAACUCAAGAUCAGUUGUUGGGAAAGGUUCAAACAGAUCCAAGUCUGUUGUGAAAAAGCCUACAGAAACUAGUAUCAGGAGACCCAGAAGACAGGUUAACACAAAGAGGAAAGAAGACAAAGACCAGGAGACGGUUGCAAAUGUGUCGCUUCUUUUUGAAGAGGAAGAGGGUACAGAGCGCCAGCUAACACUGGAUGAGAUGUUGCUCAAUCAGGUCCCGCAGAAAGAGCAGUUAUCGUCCUCUGGCCAAGAAAAUGUCAGGCAGCUGGGAAAUUCCCCCGAAAAAUCAUUUUCUAAGCCAGCAAGAAAAUCUUACGACAGAGGAGUCUUGGAAGAAAUAAGGCAGAAAUUCAUACAAGAAUAUAGAGGAGGGGAUACAACAACAGAAACAGAGGAUGAGGAUACCUCUCCUGAGAAGCCCAAGAGAAAGAAGAAGCCUCAGACAAAGAGGGCACCCAAGAAGAACAAGAAGGUGGCUGCCAACAGUUCGCAGUCAACCAAUGACUCCUCGUUCUCAGACACAUUCACUUCCGGCAAAGGAAAGGCCGUGAAGAAGAAGAAGAAAGUGAACAACGUUUUUGAGCGAUCCAUGGAGGAGUGGGCAUCAGAUUUAAAUAGUCACUUCAGUGAAGUAGAAGAUUGUGAGCUGGUGAUUUUGUAAUCUGAAGCACGAAAAGAAGUUUUGCUUUAAUAUAAGGGAAUGAUAUGAAAUACUUACUGAAUUAAGUGGUGUAUUAAUUUUGUGUUUGUGUAAAAAAAACUUUUGAUAGUAGUUUUCAUAGCUCUCAUAUUUUAUAACAGAUGGCUACUGUAAUGUCUCUGUCAAAUGUGUUUUAGUUUUGGUUGUUUUUCUUCAUUAAUUGUGAAAAUGGACACAAAAUCAUUCUUGAUUUGAGGCACUAUGGUACCAUUUUUUACAUAGAUGUACAAAGAGAAAAUUAGUUUUGCUUUUAUGCAGAAUGAAGUGGCUUGACCUGUUUUUAGGCUCUCAUUAUUUAAUUAAUAGUUCAUUACAUUUUGUGUUAUCAACAAUUCAUGAUCUCGGCUAAUUCUCCUUAGCAGGAUUUUUUCCCUAUUCUUUUGUACUUUUUAGAUAUUCCAGUUUAUAUCUGGUAGGGAGUAUGCCAUUCAGAUUUAGAAAUAUCAUCUUCAUAGGAAUAAGCUGUACCUUAAACAUAUAUUAAGCUCCUUGUAACCUGUAUCUUUUUAUUGUACAUACUUAACUUCAUACAUAAGAAUAAGUAUCUGGACUUUUUGGGUUGCCUGCAUGCAGUUCAGAUCAGUAGCAUAUUGAUAUUGAAAUAUCAAAAAAAGAUUUGUACUUUCUGCAGGGAGUGUAUACAUUAAACUAUCAGCACAACUAAGGUUUAUCAAUGUCAGAAAUUAAGAUGUUGGUAAAUAUUGUUGUAUAUUUCUGUUGUGUGCUUUUGUUAUGGAAAAAAAUAUGCUCAACUUUUUAUUCUAGAGUGAAAAUUUAGAAAAAAUGGUUUGUCAUCUCCCUGAUGGAAGAACAAACUUGCUUCUGCUAAAGUGAAAUAAAUAUUUUGUACCUGGUAAAUAUAUGUAAAUUAUAUUAAAGAGUAUUUUAAAUAUCCCAGUAGAUAAGGUAAUUUAAGGUACCUUAUGUAAUAUUCUUAAUUCAAUAAAAAAAUUAAGAUGGAAUUUAAAAGUAA